UUUUGAAAGUGGAGUCGCCUGCCGCUGCCGCCGCCGCCGUCGCUGUCGUAGCCUCCGCCGCUGCGGGAGAAGGAGCACGAACGGGGAAGCCCCAGAGUGAAACCCACCAUCCCGCUGGCUGGUUUGCCCGCCCCUCCUUCCUUCUCCCCCGGCCCCCGCCCCCUCCCCCCACAGGUGCCAUCCGCCGCCAUCCGCCCUCUCUACCCCCCCAUCCCCAGGUGAGGGGGGUGAGUUCAGGAAGCGGAGACCCGGAGCAACUCAGCAGGGUCACCAUUUGCUGUGCAACAUGGCAGGAGCUGGAGGAGGGAAUGAUAUUCAAUGGUGUUUUUCUCAGGUGAAAGGAGCAGUUGAUGAUGAUGUAGCAGAAGCAGAUAUAAUUUCUACAGUAGAAUUUAAUCAUUCUGGAGAAUUACUAGCAACAGGAGAUAAAGGUGGUAGAGUUGUCAUCUUUCAACAGGAGCAGGAGAACAAAAUACAGUCUCAUAGCAGAGGAGAAUAUAAUGUUUACAGCACCUUCCAGAGCCAUGAACCAGAAUUUGACUACUUGAAAAGUUUAGAAAUAGAAGAAAAGAUCAACAAAAUUAGGUGGUUACCCCAGAAAAAUGCUGCUCAGUUUUUAUUGUCUACCAAUGAUAAAACAAUAAAAUUAUGGAAAAUCAGUGAAAGGGAUAAAAGACCAGAAGGCUAUAACUUGAAAGAGGAAGAUGGAAGGUAUAGAGAUCCUACUACAGUUACUACACUACGAGUGCCAGUCUUUAGACCCAUGGAUCUAAUGGUCGAGGCUAGUCCGCGAAGAAUAUUUGCCAAUGCUCAUACAUACCACAUCAACUCAAUUUCUAUAAAUAGUGAUUAUGAAACUUAUUUAUCUGCUGAUGAUUUGCGGAUUAAUCUUUGGCAUCUGGAAAUUACAGACAGAAGUUUUAAUAUUGUGGAUAUCAAGCCUGCCAAUAUGGAAGAGCUCACAGAAGUGAUCACAGCAGCAGAAUUCCAUCCAAAUAGCUGUAACACAUUUGUGUACAGCAGCAGUAAAGGAACUAUUCGGUUAUGUGACAUGAGGGCAUCUGCCCUCUGUGAUAGGCAUUCUAAACUGUUUGAAGAACCUGAAGACCCCAGUAACAGGUCAUUUUUUUCUGAAAUCAUCUCUUCUAUUUCUGAUGUAAAAUUCAGCCAUAGUGGUCGCUAUAUGAUGACUAGAGACUAUUUGUCGGUCAAAAUUUGGGAUUUAAAUAUGGAAAACAGGCCCGUGGAAACAUACCAGGUACAUGAAUACCUCAGAAGUAAACUCUGUUCACUGUAUGAAAAUGACUGCAUAUUUGACAAAUUUGAAUGCUGUUGGAAUGGGUCUGACAGCGUUGUCAUGACUGGAUCUUACAAUAAUUUCUUCAGAAUGUUCGACAGGAACACAAAGCGAGAUAUAACUCUAGAAGCAUCACGAGAAAACAAUAAGCCUCGCACGGUUUUGAAACCACGCAAAGUCUGUGCAAGCGGCAAGCGAAAGAAAGAUGAAAUAAGUGUUGACAGUCUAGACUUCAAUAAGAAAAUCCUUCAUACGGCCUGGCACCCCAAGGAAAAUAUCAUUGCUGUAGCUACUACAAACAAUCUGUAUAUAUUUCAAGACAAAGUGAAUUAGGGUUGGCAUUCCUAGCGGAAGAGCCCACUUCCUGCUUAGUUGAGAUAGUUGAAUCUAGCAUUCGUACCUAUAAAAGAGAGAAGUCCAUUGUGGCACCCCUUUCCAGUGUUUGACAGUGUGCCAUUCGACAACACAUUUUUAUAGCUACAUGGAGAAAACUCUGUGGGUUAUCAUUGUAGUGUUCUCCAUGCCUGCUAGCCAUUUAGGUAAGGGUAGGGCACUUUUAAUUUAAAUGACUUCUUGCACCAUCUUGCCUAAUGGACUAGAUUGGACUGUAUCAACAUUGAGUUACUCCACUUUUUAUGCCUUCCAUUGUGAUGACGUCAAACACAGUGAAAGCCUUCAGUCAUGCUAUGGGAUUUGUGUAUCCUCAUUACUGUAUCAUUUGUGGGGUACACCCCUUCUCCCUUUUUUAAAUUAAAUACAGCUCAUUCUUACUGUGGCUUGUAGCAUUCCUCCUCUCUGGCCUCCUGGACUCUCCCCCUUCAUCUCUCUUACCCUUGCUCCUUCCACCCAGUCUUGGUGGUGGUAUAUUAAGAAAGAAAGAACGAAAGCACACACAAAAUGAGUCAGUUUGGGGUCAGUGAUAAAGGGGGUAUAUGUUGCGAACAAAUGUUCUAAUAACAGUUGGCUGUAAUCACUCCUUGCCAUGUCUGGCACUGAAAAUAAGGAAAAAAAAAACUAUUACUGAAUAAAAGUGACAAAGAAUGGAGAAUCUGGUUUUCUUUUUCUUUUAAAUCUACCUCUUUAAGCCAGUAUUUUGUGUCAUACCCUUGGGUGCAGUGAAAUGAAAUUGGGUUUCCAUUGUUUUAUUGGUAUUUUGUUAAUUAUUUGUAACAUUUUCUUCUACAUGGGGAAAGAACAGGUGUUCUAUUUGAACAUGGUUUGAAUACAUAUUGGUAUUAAGGAUUUCAAUCUAUAAAUGCUACUAGUGUUUUUUAUUGUAGUUAUGAGGGUAUUGGAUACAUUGUAUCUAUACUUAACCCAUUUUCUGUUAAUGAAAUUGUUGUAAAUGAGAACCAAAUUUGUAGAAUUUCAUUUUUAAAGACUUUUUAUAGUGCUUAAUUUAAUUUUUGCCUUAUUAAAUAUUAAUUCAAAGACUUAAAAAUGUUUUUAACAAGUUAAGCUUUUUUUUUUCUUUUUGUUAUUCAGUAGAACAGAAAACUAAUGUUGAGUGAUUCCAUAGGUUAAAUUGACACUGCACUAUUUUUUGGUUUUGUUUUUGUAUUUUAUUGCAGUCAAAUCAGAAUGAGUUGUACUUUGCCAUAGAUAUUUUUCUUUGGUUUCCCAAAGCUACAUUAAAGAAAAACUUUUUUAAAGGUACAGUGUUCAAAAAGUGCUUAAUGGACUCCAACUGCUGCCUCAAAUAAAAAUUUAGUAAUCUGUGACUGUGCUUUCCCUACGUGGUGACACCUUAUCCAAAGAUGAAAAUGACCCCUGUUUUUAAUAGGUGGAAUGUACCUUUGUCAGUCCUGCAGAAGCUUUAAUGGAAAGAAAAAAAUGGACUUUAUUUUUAAAAGAUGAAUUGAGCAGGCAUUUAUAUCCUUAAAGAAUGGUCGUAUAUUUUGGUUGAGCAGUAAUAUAAGAGCCAUGAAUGUAGAGGACUCGAGUGCUUAUAUUUCCACUACUUAUUGUUCUCAUCUUCAACAGUGAAAAAAAUGAUCAAACAGUCCCACCGUAAUUCCCUAUACACUUAUGCAAAUAUUAUUAUUAUAUCUUGUAAGUUAACAUUUUUAGCACACAAAAAAUUUAUGUAAUAAAAUCACUGUAUCUUUUGGAGUUAAA